GUCAUAUCCUGGAACAUGUACUUAACACAAUUUAUCGAAAUCGGAAAUAAUCUUAUCCAGUUCUUGUUUUUGAAGCAAUAUAUUAAGAAGUGCACAGCGAUGUCUUCAGUAUAUACGAGACUUACACGAAAGAUCCUAAACACGAAGAUCAGUGUAUCCACAACUGUUACGAUGAAAUUCACGUUAACGUUAUCUGCCAUCUUGGUUAUUAUCGGCCUGGGCCAAGCUCAUCAAUUUGCGAAUUUCGGUAAAGGUCCUCUUCAUGAAGAUUUCCAGGAUUUUCUAGAUUUAUUACCUCUUGAAAAAAUUUCUAAUAUUGUGGAAGACUACUGGAACAAUGAUCCUGAAUUGAAAGCUGCUAUUGAAUAUGUCUUCACCUCAGGUCUACUGAAAGACUUCUACACAGAAUACGAAGCUAUUCCCCAAGUGAUCGAGUAUUUUAAUUACCUGCAAAAAGAAGGAAUUGAUAUUUACUCCGCAAUAAACGAAAUAAACAAAAUUCUUGAUAUCAAAGAGCUCGUACCACCACGCAUGUCUUAUACGAAUUCUACGAUCCAAAAGAGAACCGGUGGAAUCGCCGGAUAUUACAAAGACCUCUUCGCAACGCUUCCUCUUGACAAGAUUAUUCACCUCUACGCGCAGAAAUUAAAAACUUCUCUAGCUUUUGUCAGAUAUAUCAAUGAAAUUAAGUCUAAUAACUAUCAGCAGAUUGUCAACAAAGUUUACGAAAUUAAAUCCUUUAAGAUUAUGAACAAUGGCCUCAAGAGCAAAGGAGUAAAUACAGAAAUUUCUGAAGAUAUCAUGUAUAUCGUUUUUGGUCUCAAUGUACCAUCAAAUUAAAGCAUAUUAUACAUAUCCUGCGCAUAUGAUCAUUUUUAUGAUCUUUUAGAACUUAUAUCAGUAGAAGAAUAUAAUAAAAUAUUCAUUUAUAAAAAUGUUUAUUUAUAUAAAUGAGAAUAAAAAAGAAUAAAACCCUCUUAUAUACUUGUUUACAACCAA